UUUCUUUUUAUUUUUUAUUUUUCUGUUUUCUGUUUAUUUACUUUUAAAGUUUGUAUCUUUUGAUCUUUCAGUUGGCUACAGUCAGAGCCUUCUUUCUCUUUGAUCUUCGCUCUCAUCAGGGUCGGUCAGGUCAUUAAAAUGAGCCGGCCAACUACACGUAGUAAAAACAAACGACACAGACAAGAGGAUAAUGUUGAUAUCACUUCUGAAAUAUUGAGGAAAAUUCACACAACUGGUGAAAUAACGGAUGACGAUGUAAAUCAGCUGUAUAAAACUUGGAAACCAGUUUGUCAAGGCUGCCGUGUGAAUACUAAAGAUAACCCGAAUUGUUUUUGUGGGCUAAUUCCACCGCUCAAUGGAAGUCGGAAAGUUGGCCUGUGGCAGAAGAUGUCAGAUAUUCUUCAAGCUCUUGGCCCUGACCCAACCAAGGAUCUUCGUGCUUCUGACACUCCUGUGGGUCUGACAAAUCUUGGUGCGACAUGUUAUGCCAACAGCAUACUCCAGUGCUUGCACAUGAAUAAAUCUUUCCGAGGAGGUAUCUUCUCUCUUGAACCAGAUGUUUUGAGACAGAAUCCGGUGCUGGAUCAGCUUGCACGGCUUUUUGCAAAACUACACACCAGUAGAAUGGCUUUUAUAGACUCAAGUCCAUUUGUAAAGACAUUGGAGUUAGAUAAUGGAGUUCAACAGGAUAGCCAUGAGUUCCUGACCUUGCUGCUAUGUUUGCUUGAGCGUUGUCUGAGCAACUCUAAAGUUUCCAAGGCAAGAACGAUUGUUCAGGACCUUUUUCGUGGAAGAGUGUCACAUGUGACCACGUGCUCACAAUGUGGAAAAGAUUCUGAGGCUUCUUCAAACAUGGAGGACUUUUAUGAGCUUGAGCUGAACGUCAAGGGUUUGAAAACUUUAGAUGAGAGUUUAGAUGAUUAUCUAAGUGUGGAAGAGCUUCAUGGAGAUAAUCAGUAUUUUUGCGAGUCAUGUAAAACAAGAGUUGAUGCUACUCGCAGUAUCAAGCUACGAGCAUUACCUGAUGUACUUAACUUUCAGCUUAAGCGUUGUGUUUUUCUUCCAAAGACUACAAUGAAGAAGAAAAUCACUUCUGCAUUUUGUUUCCCUGGAGAACUGGAUAUGCGACAAAGGCUAUCUGAGCCUUCUCAGUCUGAAUUGAUUUAUGACUUGUCAGCAGUGUUGAUUCACAAGGGAACUGCUGUAAACAGUGGGCAUUAUGUAGCUCAUAUUAAGGAUGAAGAUACUGGACAAUGGUGGGAAUUUGAUGAUGAGCAAGUCUCAAAUUUAGGUCAUCACCCUUUUGGAGAAGGGUCUUCAAGUUCCCCUUCUAAAACUGUUGAAACCAAGCCUGUUCAUCCAUCUUGCCCAGAGCCAAGGAAUAUUGUAGCCAAUGGAAACCACAUAAAUUCUGUUGAGCCAAAAUCUUCAGAGUCUAGUACUAAUAUUAAUGCAGAGAUAUUUUCAUCAGGCGAUGCAUAUAUGCUGAUGUAUAAUCUUAGGCAAGCCAGGAGGGACAGUGAAAAAAAAGAUAAGGUGUCUGGUGCCAGUGAUACAGAAAUAGAAGCUGAUACAGUAUCUUUACAUGAUGGUGUUUCUCUUCCAUCUCACCUUUGUGAAGAGAUAAAAAAUUGGAAUGCUUCAUAUGAUGAUGCUUGCCAGCAGUAUGAAUUAAAUAAGGAAGGAGAGUUGGAUCGUAUCACUAAAAGGAGACAGGAAGUGCGGUCAGUUCUGUCUGAAGCCCCUGUACGGUCAACUGAGGAAGCGUUCUUUUGGAUUUCUUCAGAAUGGCUUCGCCAGUGGGCUGACAACAUAACUCCACCUGUUCUUGACAAUACGCCUAUCCAAUGCUUGCAUGGAAAAGUCCCACUUUCAAAAGUUAGUUCCAUGAAGCGAUUGUCAGCUAGAGCUUGGAACAUGCUUCUCUCUAAGUAUGAUGGGGGGCCAACACUGGCCAAUAAUGACUACUGCAUGGAUUGCCUUAUUGAUGGAGCCCGUACUGUGGUAUGCGGUGAUAGCUACCGGGAUAGAAGAACAAUAAUGAAGCAAAUUGCAACUGAGGCAAUUCAAGGGACCUCUGUGGAUGGAGCAUAUUAUGUAUCUAAGGCAUGGUUGCAACAGUGGCUAAAAAGAAAAAUCCUUGAUGCACCCUCUGAAGGUGAUGCAGGACCAACAGAAGCAAUCACAUGUCCUCAUGAGCAACUUAGGCCUGAUCAAGCUACUGGUGCUAAGCGAGUUCUGGUUCCUGAGAAUCUUUGGCUCUUCUUAUAUGAAGAUUCUAUUGCAGUUAAACCUGAUGAUCUGUCGGGGUGCUCAGCUUUUCCUUCGGACUCUAAACAAUGUUCUCAAUGCAGUGAUGAUUUAUCUGAAGAGGCAGUCAAGGAGGACUCUUUAAGAGUUGUGAAGCUCAAACAGCGCCAGAAUCAUGAGAAAUUAGCAAUGGGGAAAAGUAUUCCACUUUUCCCAAAUUGCAAGUAUUACUUAAUACCCUCCUCGUGGCUUUCAAAAUGGAAAGACUAUAUUAAUGCAAGUGGGAGGAAUGUCUCUUCAUUUGGGAAACCUGAGACUCUGGACAGUGUCAUUGAUAUGCUGAAGUGUGAAAAGCAUACACGACUUCUUGAAAGGCCACCCGAACUAGUUUGCAAACGUGGUACAAUUUUUCAGAAGACAGAUGGGUUGACAAUCAUUACUGAGAAUGAUUGGAAAUGCUUCUGUGAAGAGUGGGGCGGUACCAAGGAGAAAGGCAUAUCUGCGAUAAUUGAGUACAGUUGUAAUGCAGGAAAUUUUAUGGUUGGGAACUGUGAAGAGUUGCCAGUAUGUGAGGAGCAUCUGAGUUCCCACGAAGAAGUGAACACUGAAAAUGAGUCUAGACAACCUGCGAUCAGGACUUGUCCAGAGAUAUGUGAAGAGUGCAUUGGAGAAAGAGAAAGUUGUGAGUUAAUGCAGAAACUUAACUAUUGCAAUGAGGACAUAUAUGUAUUUUUUGCACGAGACAAGGAAGCUCCAAAAUCAUUUCUAGAAGCAUCUGAUACAUCCUUUGAGCCAGAUCGCCGAGUCUCCAAGCGAUCCCGGAAGACGAAUAAUGGGGAUCUGAUAAAUUUAAAAGUUUCAGGUUCCACAUCAAUAUACCAGUUAAAGAUGAUGAUAUGGGAAUCAUUUGGGGUUGUCAAGGAAAAUCAGAUACUUCGAAAAGGUGCCAGGAUAAUUGACAAGGAAUCUGCUACUCUUGCAGACAUGAAUAUAUUUCCUGGAGAUAAGCUUUGGGUGAUAGAUUCAGAAAUCCAUGAGCACCGAGAUAUUGCUGAUGAGCUCUCUGACCAGAAAAUGAAUGUUCAACAUACUGAGGAAGGGUUUCGUGGAACACUUUUGACAGCAAAUAUUUCUUCCCAGGUUGUUUAGAAAGCACUUUAACGUUGCGACAUCCAACUUCUUUUAACAUGAUACUGGGGAGGAAACUAAGCAGAGUUUUAAACCUGCAUUGGGAGAAGCUGUAGCUGUACCUAGGUCGAUGAGUUUCUCCCUUCAGAAAAAAAGCUGGUUUGCUAUGUAAAAAAUGUGUAGGGCUUGUCAACAUUUUGCCUUGGAGAAGAGAAAUGCCUCAUUCUCCAUUGAUUGCAGACUCCUCAGAAAGGAUAUGAAUCAAAGUAUUGUUGCAUAUCUCCUGCUGUGUCAAACAUGUGGGUUUUGGGUAUAAAUAUAUUGGGUUCAGUUUGAUGCUCACAUAGAUUUUGCUCUUCCUUCAGCCUGCCUGAAGUCAAUAUCAUCUACAAUGGUCCACUGUACACGUUUACGGCGGAUUGGCUAAUUGGUUACAUGGUUCAUUAAUGUAUAUCUAAAUGUCAAAUAUAACCAGGCAUGCAUAUCUCCCUCUUGGGUUGAGACGCUCUCUCUCAAGUCUUAGUCGACAACAGAUAUCAGAGUGAUACUAAACGUAAGCGGUCUUUUUCAAUUCAGUAUUUGAUGUUUCAAGUUUGUCUUUUUCGUUUCAGUCCUUUAUCUGUAAAUUGUUUGAACUUAUUCUUUCGUCUAGUUCUGUCCAAUCUUGCUGUUAAUUUUUGUAUUUUUUCACUUUCCAAAAUGGUGUCAUUUGGACUUGACGCUGUGGAUUGGACAGAAUGACUAUAUU